ACAAGUGCUUUCUAAUAAUCUCAACCCUCAAAUCCAACAAUUGUUACAAACCCUUACUGGGCAACCAAUGCAAAAUACCAUAGAUCAACAAUUACAGAUGCCAACAGAGCAAGUCUUAAAUCUUCAGGGAAUUUCCAAUACCCUGGAUCCAAGGGUGCUACAAUUGAUGCAGUCUCUACCUGACUUACCUAAGAUCCCCCAAUCAAUGCCCCCAUUUCAGAUACCUGGUAUACCAGUGCUGGGUGUCCCUCCUUCAACAGCAAACCAGAGCCCAAUCUUUGCAUACUCCCAACAACUGCUAUACAAUCAACCACAGACAGGUAUUGAUCAACAGAAAGACUCCAGCCAGAAGCAAGAGCCUUUUCAGGUAAACAAGGCAUGUCAAAAUGAUGCCAAUGAACCAUCUAGGGAAGCACUUGAACAACAUGUUUCUCCUGAGACUGUUGCAACACACAGCCAAAAGAUGGAGGCUACAUCAAAACAGGACAAAACUGUUACUGAAAAACCUUCAUCCAUGACAACUGGUAGCGCUAUAAGACAUAGGAUGAGAAUGGGAAGGAGAAGACUCCCAGGGACCCCUGUUGUCCCUCAGAACACCGCGGAACAUCCCAAGAACCAGGAACAUCCCAAGAACCAGGAAGAUACAGCAAUGAAGGAAUCAAAAAUGGAUGGCGAGAGGAAGACUGACAAACAUGUACACUUUGGUAAUGGUGAUGGUGAACAGAAUCGCUAUAAUAUAACAGAUAAAACAAAACCAUAUUAUACAUCUGUCAAUCAGGAUGAAAGGAAGGAUUCAUUAGCAGAUAAAAGAAGCUACUAAAAGUGUGACAUGUAAAGGAUUGGAUUAAAUGAGAUUUAAGACUGGCAUUUGGUGUCCUUAUUCUUUGCCUGUUACAUUGACAGAACUCUAUUGAUUUGUAUCACGGACUGCGAUUUUAUUCUUAUGGACAGAUAUCAAGUGUAAAAAGAAAAACAGAUAUCAAUUGUAUGAUGGAUAUAUAUCUUGUGUGAUAUAGAUGGAUAUUAAACUAGUGUUUAGUGGGUAGAUGUUUGAUGAAUAGAUCCCAGUACUACAUGGCAUUUUAUUUUACUUUUUGUAUUGUUUUAUUGACUAGGCACACAGAAUGAAUAUACAAUGAUAAUUGAGCUACAAUAUGUGAUGUUAGAAACUGAAGUUAUCAGUAAUGUAACCUUUCCGAGAAUUAUCACUAUUUAGGAUGUUCAUAAAAAUUCACAAAGGGCAUUCGUAAAUAUUCUAAAGAAACUUUGUUUAUUUAGUAAUUCCUCAAAUACAAUAUUGAAAUCCAAAUUCCUCUUUACAAUUUGGAUAUACAACAUGUAUAGUUUUGUCUAUUGCUUUUGGUACUAAACUAUCAAAGUACCUCUUAUGGUAGUAGAACAGUCUUGGCACUUGCUCAAAAACUGUGUUGAAACGGUGAUCGCUUCAAAGAUAUUAGCAAAAUUCAUUAACUACAAAAUUAUUUCAUUC